AUGGUUUUCAAUCACCGAGCUGGCUGUCCAGAACUUCUAUCGAAGCAGAUAAUCUGGCAGACGCUGCAGGGCGUGGCGUACUGUCACCGACACAACUGCAUCCACAGAGACGUCAAGCCGGAGAACAUACUGCUCACCAGCGAGGGUGUCGUCAAACUCUGCGAUUUUGGCUUCGCGAGAAUGAUUAGUGCGUGGAAGCUGUUCCUCGGAGUACUCGGUGCAUACCAUGAUCCCAUUCGGAGUGGACCAAAACUUUGGAAUGAUCUCUCGCCGACGGUGUUUCCGAACCGAUACGACCUUCAAACCUUCAAGAAACGUGCGUACUCGUGA